AUGUCCACUCCAAUGAGCCCCGCGGAUGUGAAACUGCCUCAGCGGUCUAACACCGUGAGCAGCUCCUUCACUCGUCGUACUUCUCUGAGUGACGAUGAGGCUAUUCCCGACGGUGAUAGCAAUGAGACUACUAAUCUCCUGCUUGAGCGUCUCCGAGCAUGGAAGCAUAUGUGCGGAUAUCUCGAGGAUUACUUCUCUGCUACCGCCAAAGUGCAGAAGUCCCAGUCCAAGGACUAUGAGAAGAUCUUGAAGACCGUGAACGAACCCCUCAAGGAGGCCCACCACUUCAGUACCAGCGGAGGCGGCGUGGCUGGUAUGUUUGAGAGCAUUCGCAGCAACACUCAGGGCAUGGUUACCAUGUAUCUGGAAGGCGAAAAGAACCUUAAGACCGGCGUUCUCCCCACCCUCGAGCGUCUCCACAAAGAGAUCAAGAACAAGUCCAAGGAGCUGAGCUCCGGUGCUAGCAAGGGAGCCAAGGCCGUCGAAAAGGCGCGUAACCUGACGCAGAAGCACAUCGAGCUCCUAGGUCAGAACGCCGCCUGCUUCGACGCCGCCGCCGGCAGCAAGAUCGAGCCGCACAAUGACCCUUACCUCCUCAAGCGCGGCAUCAACCACCGCCUGAACAACCAAGUAAACGAGGAGAACAACCACCGCCAGGAUAUCCUCGCCGUGCAGAACUCCUUCCAGCAGUUCGAAGCGCACGUCCUGCAGACCGUGCAAGGCACCAUGGAGCAAUUCCACCUGCACAUGAACGGGCAACUCGAGCGCCAGCGCGCCAUGUACGCCGACAUCCUCGGCUCCGCGCAGCGCAUCCCACCGGACUUUGAAUGGAUGAACUUCUGCGUGCGCAACGAUGCAAUCCUGGUCAACCCAGACUCGCCCCCGCGCUCCUUCUCCAGCAUCACCUUCCCGAACAUGGAGCACCGCUCCACACAGCCGCUCAUCGAGGGCUCUCUCGAGCGUCGCUCGCGCGCCCUCAUCAAGGGCUACAGCACGGGCUACUACGUCGUCACCCCGGCAGGCUAUCUGCACGAGUUCAAGGACAACGACGAUUUCCGCCGCGACCCUUCCCCGGAGCUUUCGCUGUACCUGCCAGAAUGCAUCGUCGGCUCCAUUGACGGGGUCAAGUUCAACGUGAAGGGCAAGGACGUUUCCAGCGGCAAAAUCGGAAACGCCUUCCACACAAACACCGAGCUCAGCUUCAAGGCCCACACCCCCAACGAUGCGGAGAAGUGGUGGACCGUUAUCAAGGAGGCUACCCGCAGCCCGGUCGCGGCAGCCCCUGCUGCGGCGGUGUCCACGCUCGCUUCUCCCACGGCGACGUCGGCCGCCCCUACCUCGCCUGCUGGCAUUGCUAGCCCCGCCCGCAGCGUGUCCGGCCAGGGCCUGCCGCCCACCUACGCCGAGAAGGAGAUGGAGAAGACCGAGGCUGCACAGGCUGCUGCUGCCCCUGCUGCUGCUAGCCCGACUCCGGGACUUAGCCGCACGGCUAGUUCGUCUAGCCACUUCUACACCUCGCCCGGUGGCUCCGCUGUGGAGAAGUCGUGA